AUGGCAGAGACCAGAUUCAAGAUCGUGGCAGCAACAAUUGCUCUGAUCACCUGCGUGCUGCUCUUCACGCAGUGGCAGUACUUUCCUAUCUCUCGAAAGCCUACGAGCAUCAUCCUCGACCGACAAGACCUCGCAGCAUAUGAUCGAAACAUCACCACUCGCGCAAACGACCGCAACGACGCAGUCCCGGGCUGGUCUUCACCCCUUAGCACGUAUCUGGCAACCCCUUUCGACCAGCUGGACGACAAAGGCAAGGCGGUCGUCAUUGGCAAGCAAAUGGUCUGCAUGCUCGACGAAGACCUCGAAUCGACACAUAGCCCCCAAUCCUCAUUCACCGAUCCUAAAGAUCUCGACAAGGCUCGCCACGGGUGGACCUAUUCUCGCGUCGCGAUCGCAGACCACGGCGACGACUUCCUUUCCGACACCGUGCACUCGACCAAAAGCCAGGCCAAUGGCAUUAUCUAUCCGGUGAGCUGGGGCACUUACCAGAGCUUAUUCAACCUCAGAGACGGAGUGAUCGUGGCGACUACCAACUACGGUCCUGCUUUCCAGAAUGGGAACUUGGAGCUGGGCAUUCCGAGCCAUAAGCUAGUUCCGCUUCGACAGUGGUCUGAUCUGGUAUUCCUCGCUCUGCAGAAGACGAUCGCGGAAGUUGGUACUGGUAGUGUCAAGGGCAUCAACCAUGUCUUUCGCCACAACUUGAUCAACGACGAGAUGAAGGAGAAGCUCGCCAUGAUCACAGGUGGUACAGAUAUCUAUGACUACCCUGGGAAGUGGCCAGGCCUCAGCUACCCCAUCACCGAAACCCAAGCCCUAGCAGCACUCAGCACCGCCAACGGCAAAGGCGUCGCAUACCUGCUCGGAACCCACAAGAGCCAGAUGGGGAUCCGGGCGAUCGAUCGUGUCAAUAUCUUCAAUUGUCCUGGACUGUAUGGUGGUGAGGAGGGGCCGCAGUGGUGUUUGUAUCUUCAUGUUGUUGAUGGACCUCUUGCUUCUUGA